AAGUAUGAUGCGGUGGUGGGAGACAUUACUAUCGUGGCAAACAGGUCAUUGUACGUUGACUUCACAUUACCAUUUAUGGAGUCCACAGUGGUGAUAGUGGUGCCCAUAAGAAACAAUGCAAAGAAUAAUGCAUGGGUGUUCUUGAAGCCUUUAUUGCUCUUGAAGCCUUUAUUGCCGAACCUUUGGAUCAUGAGCUUUGUCUCCUUGUCCUUCAUAGCAUUUGUUAUCUAGUGCAAAUCUACGCGGCCAACUUAACUUCUCCUUUGACAGUUCAACAGUUUCAACCAACUGUGACUGACGUAAAUGAGUUGUUGAGGAAUGGGGAGAAUGUUGGGUACCAAGUUGGCUCCUUCACCGAGGAAAUAGUCCAAAGGUUGGCAUUCGACCGAUCCAAGGUGAAGAAAUUUACUUCGCUGGAAGUUCUUGAUGAACUAUUUACCAAUGGAAGCAUCGCAGCUGCUAUCGAUGAAAUUCCCUACAUGAACUUAUUUCUUACUAAUAAAAGCCAUUGCAACAAGUACCCCACCUUGACAAAGCCAACUUUUAGGACUGAUGGCUUUGGGUUUGUGAGUUCUCUUUCCUUCUUAGCCCUUUCAUUAUUCUUAAUCAAGCUGAUUUAAUCUCUAAAAUAAAUUUGUAAUUAAUAGAUCUUUCCAAGAGGUUCUCCUCUUGUAGCAGAUGUUUCAAGAGCAAUCCUUAAUGUCACUGGAAACUUUAGAACAGGGUAUAUUGAAAAUGCACGGAAGAAACAAACUAAUUGUCC